AUGACUACAGCGCACUCAACUAACCACGAUGCGGGUAGCGCCCCUGCUGCGGCUCCUCCCCAGUCCAUCUUGACCUCUACAUCCUACGACACACCUCUGUCGCAGCAGCAAACACCACCUCACCAUUUGCAACAAACACCUUCGCAGCAGAGCCUUGCGCUUACCCACCAACAGCAGCAACAACAACGGAGUGUCAAGAGGCCGAGGCCAGUCAAAUCAUGUACCGAGUGUCGAAAGCGUAAACUCCGAUGCGAUCGCCUUUGUCCAUGCUCUCAAUGCCAAAAAUCAAAUCGAACUUGCAAGUACGCUGUCGACCAUGAUUCUGCAAAUCUGUCAGAAGGUUCCGAUAGCGAGAUGCCAGAACCGGCCCGGCCAGCUAAACGGAAUUGCAAUACCAACAUAUUCAGCUCGGCUACCCCUCUGCUCAAUAACGAGUCGACAUACGGCCCUAUUCGAAAUGGAGAUGUCACAAGUGCGCCAUCGUUAGAAGAGUUGUCAAUGCGCAUGGAAAGACUCGAAAGACAACUCAUGGCCAGAAGCCCUGCUGUAUCGGAGGGCAGUGGGGGAAGACUCAUCGCCGCGUCUUCUGACACGAUACGAGGGUUGACUGUCAAACAAGGAGCUUUGCGAACACGAUAUCAUGGUCAAAACAGUCCUCGUGUGCUGCUUAACCUGUUCGACGAAGCUAAAGAAUUCAUGGCCAACAACUCCAACAACAGUGCGGUUCGUGAGGUGUUGCUAACGUUCAAGCGAUUUCACAAAGCUCUUAUCGAUGAAUAUCGCAAAUCAUUGUCGCCAAUCACUGUCUUUGUCGAUUCAAUGAUGCCCGUGCAGAAGCGAAUGACAGACAUUCUACCAAAGAAGGCAGUAUGCGACAGGCUGAUCGCCUCAUACGUCGACACUUCUGAAACGAUCUACAGAAUCGUUCAUUUGCCAAUGUUUACCGAGCAGUACAACCUCUUCUGGGAAGGCAAGAUACAAUCAGAGUAUUUCCUUCCCCAGCUGCUCUCACUUUGCUCUAUCGCAUCUCGAUUCGAAACAAAAUCAAAAGGGCUUGGCAACGAGCGGUCUGAAGGCGUGCAUAUUCCAACAGCAUGCGCCCUGGUACGAACGUGGCUGGACAGCCUGAGGGGAAAGCAGUUGGUGGAUUUCGCGGUACUCCAGGUCGAGGUCCUCUUGGUACAUGCGCAGCGAAUGAUUACACCCCGGAUACAGGAUUCGUGGACAUCACUCGGGUCUAUCGUGCGCAUGGCCAUGACGAUGGGUCUUCAUCGUGAUCCCUCCGAAUUUGAACCGCGGGUUCCCAUAUACCUGGGCGAGAUGCGCCGCCGAUUAUGGUUUACUAUUCUUGACAUGGAUCUCCAUAUCUCUCUCGCCAGCAACUUGCCUUGUCUGGUCCGGGAAGGGGAUUUCACUUGCCGCCCGCCCCGUAACCUCGACGAUAAUGAGCUCUACCCAGAUAUGAAGGAGCUACCACCAUCAAAGCCCAUCGAUGUGGUUACCGACAACCAGAUGCAAGUCUAUGCAGCCAUGACGCUCGGGGUCCGGAUGAAGGUGGCACACAUGCUGAACCGAAUUGACACAAUUCGAGAUUAUCAAGAAAUCUUGGAUGUUGGGGCCAAACUCGAGCGCUUCCUAGACGACAUCAACUACAUCUUUCCUAGGCAAGGCAUAUUGAGUGACUCACAAAAGAGUAAGCAAUGGAGAUCGCGAGUCAUCCUCGACAUGCACGUGCGACGCCCGUUGCUAGCACUCUAUCGACCGUUCGCUAUAGGAGCUUCUGACGCCCCAGGACAAAUUUCUCGGGCUUAUCUUAGGUCCUCGAUGGUGAUCAUGAAAUAUUUGGAUGAACUAGAUCCUAUGCUCGCGCACUUCCAAGACAUUGCCGAAAUGUACCAUCAGGUGUUGAAGAAGGAUAUCAUCCAAGCUGCAUUGAGUGUGUGCUUUUACAUCCGGUCAGCUGUGCGUCCGGCUUCCGAUAGCUCAGGGCUUGGCUCGCAGGCUUUGCGCAUGUCUCCUGAUUCCUCUGACGACUUCCCGAUCUACAACCCGGAGAAUCUCGUGCUCUGGUCUCCUUCUCGACUCAUCAGUACGGUGGAGAAGACACUAGACCUUCUGGUUCGCAAUAUUAGUGGCCGAGACACCAAAGAUGUGGUGUGUCUGGCAGUCGUUCUGGAUUGUGUUUCCAGGCCCGAGGUCAAAACAGAAGAGGUUGUGCAAAGUCUCCGUAUUAUACUCGAUCGCUGCUCCAGGGCUACCAACAUGGGUCUUGACAGCGUUCCCAUGGGCCCUGGUGGCGUUGUCGAUGGGUACCAAGGGGAUGCAUACAGACAUCAUGUGCCGUUCAUGUAUCAACGAAACUCGAUCGGGGUACCGGCAGCCCUCAACGACUUUGACAAUUGGAUGUUGUGGGAAGGAUGGGAGUGA